AACGAGAGUGAGUGUUAAGCGAGUGUAUGCUCUCGCUAUCGAUGGUACUGUUUCGUUGUUAGGUAUUUUGUGUGCGCGUAUAUUUACACUCUUUACGAAUGUGCAAAAAAAAUUUCAUUUGUUUGCCGAAAAGUGAAUAAAAUAAAUCGAAAUUAGCUAAAUAGAUAAAUAGAUUUGUCGGAAAUAUUUUCGUCAUAUCUAUCUAAAGUGAAUUAAAGACUGCCUGAAGUGAAUUUGUAUUGCAAAAGUUUUGUGAAAGAGAGCGCAGUAAUAGUAGCGUCUAUCGUAUCCCCAUAUCCUUCGAUGGUGGUGUCCGCUCUAUUCUCAGUCUCCGGUGUGUUUGUCCCAUUAGGCAUCGAUUCAUUCCAUUUGAUACACAACAUAUUUGAAUUAAAUUAGUACAAUUUAUUUGAUCCUGCCAAGACCAACCAUUCGACUUGAACAUUGUAUUUGAACUGUGUACAGUGUUGUAUGUCAUUUUGUUGUAAAGUGUAAAUUCAACUUUACUCCAUUUGCACUGUUGUUUCUUGUGUGUGUUUCUUUUUUGUUGUGUGUGCAAAAGUUAAAUGGAAAACACCAAAGGAUUUUUAUCGUAGUCGGGAUGUGUUAGCAGGCUACACAAGAGAUAGAGAAGAACGAAUGAAAUAUGUUUGCAGAUUGAUUCGCAUCGUUUCCAUCGUUGUUGUUUUUUCGAUUGGAUUGUUGAGUGUGUGUUGAUGUGUCGAAUGGACCGUACAUUGCCAAAAAACGGAUAAAACGAUAACAUUCUUCCCGUUCCGAAAGAAAGAGUUGAGUGAAAAACUAUAGAGAGGAGAAAAACCGAUUUUCUUACAUCCCAUUCACUUCAUUCAUCCGUAUUUGCCUACCUAAAUCCACAAUUGCUAUUUUUGAUUGCUUACUUAUUCGCUUUUGUUCGCUCACUUGCGCCCCAUGAGCACAAAACAACAAAUCCAUUUCGGUUAUUUACACACAAAAAGUCGCAGUUCGGCUGAAUUUUGUACCUUACCAUUUUCAUGCAUCAAACAAAAGUUUAGCUCGCUUUGGCUAAAAUAUUCAUUCGAUUUUGGAGUUUUUUGCUGUUUUUUUUUUUAAUCUGAAUUUUAUUAGGCGGAUUUAAAGUGUGAUUCAAAAGUGGAAUUUGGCAUUGUUUGGAAAAGUUAUUUUCGCUGAUGACAGAGGAAAGAUCGAAGGAAACACGUCAAAGCACAAUGAAGAUACAACUAAAUUGUGUGGAUAAUAAAACUGAAUACAUAGGCAUAGGAAGUAAGCAAUAGAAUUUGAAUAUACAUUAUACUGAAUGUUUGUAUAUACUGGUCUCCUGCUGCUUAUACUUGGCAUAUGAAUCAGCGACAUUGACAUCGUGUGUGCAUUCACAGCACAAACAGCAUUAGAUCAUUUGUACCAUUUUGGACAACUUAAUUUUUUUUUGCAACACACGCCGAAAACGCGCGCGCUACUUCGGGAAUAACAACAACAAUAGCAACGACAAAAAUACCGCCGAUGUAUGUAAUAGAACCGAGAUUUGAAUGCUCGAUGAAAAGCAACACAGUGACAACAACAAAUUCGAAUUAAAAACGUGUACACACAGUUCGAGUGCAUACAACCAGAAGAGAGAGAAAAAAACGAACCACAUAAAACAUAAAGAGGAACAAGAAACUACGACGACAACGUCAACGACGAAAAAAAGAGAACCGCACGAAGCACAAUGGAUUAAGUCUCAUUUGGAUGACUCUAUUUAUUUUUCACCACUUGAGCUAAUAUUGUGAAAAAUAGUGUAGAUUGAGUGUGUUUCUAUGUGAAUUUAUUUGCAAAUGCAAGAAAAAAAACAACAACCCAUAACUCAAACUUAUACCAUAUUUGUCGAAUGAACCUGCAUAAAGCCGUAUGAUUGUAUGUAAAUUGUGGACAUGGAUUCAUAGCAACAAAAAACAUACACACAUACAUAUAUAUUAUACACACAGUCUCUCUGUGUGUCUAGUAAACACUUUGUGCAGAAUGAUAUAAAAAAAAAUUCGGUUGCUGUUUCGCCGCUAUAUCAGAAUUUCUCUGCAGUGAUAAUGGGCCGUGUGUCGUUGUAGAUUAAUCGGCUUUUGAAAAUAAAAUAUUUCAAUUCAAUCAUUAAAUGAAUUACAAUUCAAACUCUAUACAUAUGCGAAUAUAUUCACAUUCAUCGACCGUCACAUUGCAGCGUAAUAAAGAACAAGUAUUUUAUCAAUUUUUUUUUGUUUUCGACAACAGUGUGUGUGCGUAUCUGUGCUGAAGCACCACACCGUCACAUCAACUCGCGGAUUCAUACGGUUUACAAUAUUUAAAUUCGAUCAAAAUUUUAUGGAAACCUAUCGACAACCUAUUUUCAUCGACAAACAAACAAAAAAAAAUAAUUCAAUAAACGAACAAAUAAGGGCUGCUGCAUACGGAACAGAGAAAAAAACCGUACCAAUUAAAAGUGAUUGUGUUUCGAUAGCAUAGCAGAGUGUGCAUUGAGUGUUGUUAUUUCUCGGUGGUUUUUUUUUUUCUCUCGCUCGUGUGUGAACUUCAGUGUUUUCGGUUUGUGUGUGGUUUCACUUCAGAUUCCAUGUUCAUUUACACUGCAUUCUAUUGUGUCGAUAAUGAUUGCGGCAAUUGCUAGUCUCCAUAAACUCAUAUUCGUUGCAAUAUUCCUGCAAUUGAAUCAUGUGAACUGUUCAUCGAACGAUGCUGGAUCCCAUUUAUUGCUGAAUCAUAACAUUAUUGAUGCUGUUGGUGUUGCUGCUGAUACUGAUUCGAGAAACUUUCGAUAUGAUCAAAUGACGAUGAGCGCGAAAAAUCGCUUGCACAAGCGAAACACAAUGGACAUUCAACCAGUCAUUAUGCCAUUUACUUCAGAUGAUUAUCCAACAACGUUACCAAAAGGCAUAUGCCAAUUAUACACGGGUUCAACAUGUGAACCAUUUCUUAAGAAUCAAACGGUAUUUGUGCCGCCACAUUUGACAUUGGAAAGUUUAGAAGAUAAUUUAAAGGUGGCCUAUUAUGGUGUUAUCAAAGAAUCAAAGGACAUGAAUCCAAAUUGCCGUGGCUUUGCUUUGCCCAGUUUGUGUUUUAGUGUAUUGCCAAUUUGUCGUACACCGGAGAAAACAAAUCAUCAAUAUUUUCGAAAUAUUGCAUUGCAAAAGGAGAAAGAACGACUUCGAAAAUUGGAAUUGGCGGCAGCCGCUUUGGCUACAACUACAAUUGCUUCAACAACGUCAACAAAAAGAACAACAACAACGAUGACAACAACGACAUUGCCAUCGUCGUCAUUAACGACAGCAGCAGCAGCAGCAGCAGUAGUUAUACCAGAAACCACAACAAUUACCUCGACCAAAUCAACAACACAAGAAACAAAAAGUACCCAUCUUGAAUCACACCUUACAAUAACUCAGGAAAAACAUUUAAAUUUAACCGAUUUUCCAACAACGGUCAAACCAAGACCGAAAAAAUCGCAAAAAUCACGAGAUCGUAAAUCAAAAAAACACUCACACCAAAGAGAGAACGGCGACACACAUGCAUUGCCACCAAGAGAUGGCCCAUACAAUGAUUAUGAAAACGAUAAAUCACGACGAAAUCGACGAUUUUUGGGCGAUUUCUGGGAUGAACAUUUGAAUUUUGGUAAUAUGGCCGAAAAAUUUCGACAUUUAAGACAAGCAAUGCCAAUAUCACAUUCGAUGAUUUAUUCACCCGAUUCAAAUUAUCCACCGGCACGUUCAACAUCCAAUUUACGACGCAUUUGUCGCAACGAAUGUGAACUGUUGGAAAAUGAAUUGUGCCAAAAAGAGUAUGCAAUUGCAAAACGACAUCCGGCCAUUGGUCAAGUGUUACCCAUUGAAGAUUGUUCGAAUUUACCAGACGAAAUGAACGAUUGUUCGAGCUUAGGCAUUGCCAUUGAAGUUGAUGAAAAUGAAGAUUGCUAUUGGGAAAAUGGUUCAAAAUAUCGAGGUACAGCGGCCGUUUCAAAGUCGGGAAAACCAUGUUUAACCUGGGCACGUCUUAUGAAAGAGAUUGCCGAAUAUCCAGAAUUGGUUGGCACAAAUUAUUGCAGGUUGAUCAAUGUUGGUGGAACGGGUAAAAAUAUUUAUGGAAAUUCUCGGUUAAAUUCGCCAAUUGAGAUGACAUCAUUGCUAACGGUUGGCGGUGGCGGUGGUGGUGGUGGUGGUGGUGGUGGUUGUGUAGGCGUUGGAAAUCAACCGGAAAAUGGGAAUAGCAAUGGUAAUGCCAAUGUCAACCAUGAAUCAAAUGCGACGAUAACAUCGAUUCAAAACCAACAACAUGUUGCGUCUAUACAGAAUGGUAAACCGCCAAAACAACAGCAACAGCAUUCAUCGUCGUAUUCAUCGCAUCGCAAUAAUUCAUUUAGUCUGUACAAAUGUCCGAGUCAAACCAAUGGUGGCGGCUCAAUUUGUGGCAGUAUAAAAAGUUCCGAUACGGGAAACGAUGAUACGACUAGUUUGUGUACAAGUGAUGGUGGUGGAGGCGGUGGCAGCGGUGGUGGAUGCCGAAGCAGUAGCUCUCGUGGUUCAGCAUUACGUGUACGUCAGUAUAUGUUGCAUCAUGUGCGAUUUGUUGAAGAAUUGGGCGAAGGUGCAUUUGGCAAAGUGUAUAAAGGUGAAUUAACUCAAGCGAAUGGCGAACGAAUUUAUGUGGCGGUGAAAGCGCUCAAAGAAAAUGCAUCGGCCAAGACACAAGCCGAUUUUCGUCGUGAAAUCGAUCUCAUUUCCGAUUUAAAGCACGAUAAUAUCGUUUGCAUUUUGGGCGUUGUUUUGAAAGAGGAACCGUUAUGCAUGCUGUUUGAGUAUAUGGCACAGGGCGAUUUACACGAAUUUCUUAUCUCACGUGCACCGAGCGAAAAUUGUAUGGGUUCAUUGAAUCAAACACAAUUUUUGCACAUUAGCUUACAGAUUUGCGAUGGCAUGGAAUAUCUUGCCAGUCAUCAUUAUGUGCAUCGAGAUUUGGCCGCAAGAAAUUGUCUCGUCGGCGACAAUUUAACCGUAAAAAUUUCGGAUUUUGGUUUAUCGCGCGAUAUUUACAGUUCCGACUAUUAUCGGGUCCAAUCGAAAUCAUUAUUGCCCGUACGCUGGAUGCCGUCUGAAUCAAUUUUAUAUGGUAAAUUUACCACAGAAAGUGAUGUAUGGAGUUUUGGGGUUGUUCUUUGGGAGAUUUACAGUUAUGGCUUGCAGCCAUAUUAUGGAUACAGCAAUCAAGAAGUCAUCAAUAUGGUUAGAUCACGACAACUUUUGCCCUGUCCAGACACAUGCCCAAGUGCAGUCUAUUCGUUGAUGGUUGAGUGCUGGCAUGAACAAGCCGUAAGGCGUCCAUCAUUUGCUGAAAUUGGCCAUCGAUUGAAGAUUUGGUAUCAGAAUCAAAAACGAAAAGAUGAACAAUGUGAUGCUCCGUCGAAUGGUCCAAGUAGGAAAGGCUCAACAAUUCGAAUAAAUUCAAUUUCGAUGACUCCAUCGUCAUCCAAUCAGCAUAUUGUUGAUAUGAAUGGCUGCAAUGGUGACAAUGUGUCCGAUCAUAAUCGAACACUUGAACGUGAUGGUCGCCAAUCAUCAAUUUCAUCAUCACAUUCACCACAUCGAACACACACAUCCAAUUCAUCAUACACAAAUACGUCCGAAAAUCAAAAUAAUAAAUCACAUCAUCAUUCAUUGGAUCGAGAGAGCAAUAAUAAAUGUUAUCGUGAAAUCGCAUCGCGACAAUUUUAUAAUACAAAUCCAAAACCGCAAGCACAUUCAAAGCAACAAAAACAACAAAAACUUCAGCAACAACAACAACAGCAGCAGCAGCAGCAAUCAAAUAAUCAAUCGAUGGCACGACAAUCGAUGCCAAUGAAAUGUGUCAAAUCACAAUCAAAUUUAAGCAAUACCACAUUAAUAUCAAAAUCGGAUGCAAAUAUGGCGAUCAACAGUUCAGACGAAUGCUUGAACAUGGAUCGAAUGUCCGUUCAUUCGCAGUGCAACAGCAGUGAAAUCUAUAAAAAUCGUCACAUGAUCCUUGCAUCGUCCAAUAAAUCAUCUAAACAAUAUUGUAAGUAUCACAAUUUUAAUUUAAAAAAAAGCGAAAACUGACAACUUGACACCAUGAUUUAUCGGAACCAAAAUCACUGACAUUAGACGAAACUACAUCGAAAUUUUCAAAGCUUUUCUUUUCGGUUCAUUUUCAACGUAGAUAAUUUAUUCCACUUAAGAAAACAAUGUCGAUUCUCUUUUCAAAAGACUCAGCAUUUGAGGGGAACGAAAAUCACCCCAGCUUUUUUUCAAAACUCAAAUUCUAAUUUUCAUCACAUUUUCGUUAUGGUCCAAUUGCAAAAUAUGCGAAAUAUGUGAAUUUCUAAUUUCGAUAAGCUAAUUUAUUAUUCUAUUUAUCUUAAAUCAAGUAGUGAAUUAUCAAUUUUUCAAAUAAAUCAUGCCUAAAUUAUGAAUCGAUUAGAGAAAAGUUAGUUUAUAAGCAAAAACAACAACAACAACUCAAGCUGAUUGCAGCACAUUUUUAUGGAGAACUGUAAAUAUACUUUGCAUCGAAUUGAGAGAAAAACCGGCAAAUAUCAUUAAUUCUAAAUGAAAUACAAAAAAAUUUAGAUUUUAAAUUUUAAUCCGUAACACAAAGGUUGUUCAUUUCAUGAGAUUGAAUUUUAAAUUCCUCGCUGUUUUUUAAGUUCGAUUUUACAGCGCAUAAAUUAACCCACAGUCAUAUUUUGAAUAUCCACCCAUAAAACAAACAACUCACUAGUAUUUCUUCUAAGUAGAUAAAAUUGAAUAGAACUUCAGUGUUCAAAUCGAUCGAUGUGAUGUUACAUCAUUAUUUGUCCACAUUCCUUUUGAACAUAGCAAUAUUCAUACAGAGAAUGACCAAUAAAGUGGAGAGAAAAUGAAAACCGAACACAAAUUUUAACGUACCAAAACACAAAAGAAAUAACAUUAAUCAAUAUACAUUGUAAGAAAAUCAUGUUCAAAUUUUUUUGCAAUAAACAUUUUUUUGAUAUGAUGUAUUAAUUUAUAUGACAAAAACUAAAGAAAUAAAAAAAUAUGGCGAA